AUGGCUAAGUUAAGCCGUCACGGUCAUCAACGACCGUUAGAACGAAAGACACAGGGAAACCAUCUAUUCCAUCGUACUCCUGCGACUUAUCGGUCAGACGCCAUGAAGCUUUCUCUUCUCUCGUCCGUCGCUGCGAUCGCUGCGAUCCAAGUUGGUGCCAUGAAUAUCCCGAUAACGUCCACGGUUAUCCCCCAAGUUGCCACUGCCAGCACAGUCGUGAUCUAUCCUUGGCCGAGUUCCGCAUUAGUAACCCCUGCUGUGUCUGUGUCCACAUACAUCGGUUCUGGCGAUGGUCCAACUACCGUCUCAGUUGGACCAUCUCCUGCUCGCUCCCAGUUCUUCCGCGGUGCCCACGGUCACCUUCGCAUCCUCGGCCGUCGCUAUUACCACCUCCCCGGAUUCAGAAAAUUGGAAUCGCACGGUCUCGUCCGUAUUCGCAACCGCUUCGCCAGUCAUCUCUUCCUACCUUCCACAGGUGAUCACCGCGACAGUGUACCCCAGCUCCGGCUUGUUCACUACCGAACGUCGUCGGCCGUCCUUAAUGCCACGAGUGCGGUAUCUUCCAUCAGCCCAAACGCCACCACCACCGGCAUCUCUCAGAACCUCAACAACCAAGACCAGCAGACAGGGUCAGCCACGGCAGUACGGAAUGGGAAGGCGGGUAUUGCCAUAGGUAUCUUUGCGGUGUUUGCAGUUCUGCUUUGA